UAUUAAUUAAAUAGCAUAUUAUAACAACCUCUCUACAGAAGCGCAGUACGAUUUUUCCUACUGGCUAGCCGCUAGCAAGUUAAAUAAUUAGGGUUGCAAGUUGCAAAGUAAGUAAGAAAAGAGGUUGAGAGAGAAGAGAAGAGAAAUUUGAAGCGAGUUUGAAUGAUGGGUGAGUCAGAUAACGAGUCAGGAGGUCAAGGAGGGAACGAGUUCUCAUCAUCAUCAGGAGGUAGUGGACUAUGCAGAGAACAGGACCGCCUUCUUCCGAUUGCCAACGUCGGCAGAAUCAUGAAGAAGGCACUUCCGGCGAACGCCAAGAUCUCAAAGGAGGCCAAAGAGACGGUGCAAGAGUGCGUUUCUGAGUUCAUAAGCUUCAUAACAGGGGAAGCUUCUGACAAGUGCCAGAAGGAGAAGAGGAAGACCAUCAACGGUGAUGAUCUCUUGUGGGCCAUGACUACGCUCGGAUUCGAGGAUUAUGUGGAGCCUCUCAAGAUUUAUCUCCAUAAGUACAGGGAGAUGGAAGGUGACAAGACUCCCAUCGUUGGUGGCGGCAGACAGCACCACUCUGAUGAUCACGCCGGUGAUGACGCUGCCACCGCCGGAGCCCUUUAUGGUGGUGUGCCUUCUACUAUGAUGAUGAUGAUGGGGGGACACGUGUAUGGAUCUGCGAAUAAUGGAUCAGCAUCUUCUGGAAGAACUACUAGGUAGCACUUGUUCGUUACCUCUUUAAUUAUUAUUAUUUUUUGUUUUUUAUGACUCUAGAUUACACUACUUUCUUGCUUGUAAUCUUGUUCUUAAUUAAUUAAGAUAUAUAUAGACAUUAUUGUGGAUUAUUCUGGAUGGCGAUUUAGUUUGGAAUACAUAUAUACAUUAGGCUUGUAUAGUUGUAUUUCUUUAUUCACUCAUUUUUCUUUCUGCAGUAAGAGUAAGUGAGAAGAGUAGUUAAGCUGUUAAGAAAAUUGGAAAUUCUGAAAUUAUUGAAUAUAUUUAUCGAAUUACGAAGCUAGUUAGCUA